AUGACGGACGCAAGUGCACGAAAGAGAAAGCGCGACCUCGACGGUUCAUCCAAGUCCAAAAAGAAGCAGGCCACCGAGCCUUCCACAGUUGUCGUUUCUUCAUUUCAGAGACCUCAGCUCUGCCCGCCAGUACUAGCUUCCUCUCCCGGUAUCCGGUUAGCGAAGGGUGUGCAGUUCAACCCAUACGUCAAGCAAGAUGCCUCAUCCGUUAAGCGACGAUCAAAAACCCCCGCAGUGUCGCAGGAUCUCGUUCUGCACUCCAAUACCCACCAGACGAUGGACUAUACAGCGAGAGAGGACGGUAUCAGCGACAGCCAGCAGGCCUUGAAGCACUAUGUCGGCAUUUACGACCCCGAGACCGGCAAGCUUCAGGUAGUGGAGGCGAAGAAGAUGGUGGUUCGUGGUGUGGCCAGAGCAAAGCAUGCGUCAGAAGAGGCCAUGACAGCGCCGGCAGAUUACCAGAGCUUUUACGAUCUCAAGAAAGACCUUGGCCAGACGUUCGGUACGAAGAAGGCGAAGAAGGCCAUCGAGUCGGUCGCUCUCAACGCCAUCGCCCCCGGCAAAUCAAGAGACAGCGCGCCCGAGAAGCUCGACACGGCAGCAAAGGCGAUCCUGCAAGAGAUUGGCGGCGUCACCGCGACAAUGGCAUCGCGCGAGCAGCUGCAGGCCGUCGUCGACGAAGCCAAGCCUGUACCCAGGCCCAACCUCGAAGCGGAAGCGAUCCAGGACGUCUACGACCCCGACGAAUUCAUCGGCCGCGAGAUCCUGGCGGCGAUCCCCGUCAAGGACUGGAUCGACCCGGCAAAGAAGGGCGAGGAGAUUCUCUGCUACUCUCGGCACGUGGCAGCCCGCGUCAAGAAGAUUGCCGACUCGGGUAACAUCACCAAGAUGCGCCUGCUGCGCUACUUUUACUUCCUCUUCACAUUCUACACCAUGGCGACGCCGGGCAAGCAGCGCGGCACGAAGCGCAUACCGCCUCGGGAUAAGCUCAAGGAGCGCAUGGAGCCGGCGCCGCAGGUGGUCAUCGAGCACAUCCGGCGCAAGUUCUCCGACGGCGGCGAGAUGCGCAAGUUCCACAUGGACCUGCUCAUCACGCACUGCUGCGCGGUCGCGUGCAUCAUUGACAACUUUGAGGUGGAGACGUCCAAGCUGCGCGAGGACCUGCGCCUCGACCAGAAGGAUAUGAAUAACUACUUUUUCGAGAUUGGCGCCAAGGUCAGGCAGGGCGCCUCCAAGGAGAAGGGCGUCAAGGCCCCGCACGUGGCCAAGCUCGCGCUGCCGCUCAACUUCCCCAAGCUCCGAUCUGUCGCGCCGAAACGCCGUUAG